CUACUCCUCCAGCGGCCCAACCAACGAAUCUAAAUUCUCAGCUACAGCCUAAUGGCCCUUACAUUUAUUUCCAUUUAAUUCUUGUCCAAAACUCAAGCAUUCUUUUCCAAAUUAACAACAGCAAGUAUGGCUGAAGAAAGUAGUACCCAUAGCAGAAGCAGUUGUACCAUUGAGAGCACCGACGGUGUGACUAUAGACGCUCGUGUUUACAGGCCAAUAUCCGACAACAAUUCCACCAACGUUGUUGCAGUGUUGGUGCAUCCUUAUUCGGUGCUUGGUGGAUGUCAAGGGUUGAUGAGAGGCAUUGCUAGGGGUUUGUCCAAUCGAGGCAUAAUUGCGGUCACUUUUGAUACCAGAGGCGCUGGUAAAUCCACUGGCCGUGCUUCUCUUACUGGAUCCGCUGAAAUUAAUGAUGCUAUCUCCGUUUGCAAAUGGGCUGUCUCCAAUUUCAAGACAAACAGAAUUAUCCUUGUUGGUUCAUCUGCAGGAGCAGCAAUAGCCGGAUCUGCAGUUGAUCAAGUAGAGCAAGUGGUUGGGUAUGUGAGCUUGGGAUACCCUUUUGGUUUUACUGCUUCAAUUCUCUUUGGAAGGCAUCAAAAAGCAAUAUUACAAUCCCCAAAGCCUAAACUAUUUGUGAUGGGUACCAAAGAUGGCUUCACCAGUGUUAAACAGUUGGAAAACAAGUUGAAGGAUGCUGCUGGACAUCACAUAACGCACCUUAUUGAAGGAGCUAGCCAUUUUCAGAUGGAGGGUCCUGCUUUUGAUGCUGCCAUGGUUAACCUCAUUCUCGAAUUCAUUACCACAUUAUAAUUUUAC